GGAUCGUAUGCAGUGGAUGGUCCGCUUUCUUUCUACAAACAGGCUGCUCUAGUGUUCCGGUUGUGCCGUCGCACUCGAAACUCGUGUCGGGAGGUUAUUUUUGUGAUUUGCAUCAAGCAACACGGUUGCACGGUGCCGCGCUUGUGUGUUGAGUGUGGAACGAUUUUAGUGGACAAAAGUUGUGUUGAUUAAAAUGAAGCUUUUGAUCGUACUAGCGCUGGUAGCAUCCGCCUACGGGUACCCGCAGCAUGAACAUCACGAUCACCAUGAACACCACGAAACGAGCACCUACAUCCCCAUCCUGAAGUACGACAAACAGCAGGGCGAAGAUGGCAGCUACAGAACUAUCUACCAGACGGGCAAUAACAUCGUUCACGAGGAGUCCGGCUACCUGAAGGACGCAUCGGAAGAUCAUCCCAACGGGAUUUUGGUUCAGCAGGGUGCCUACUCGUACGAAGCGCCCAACGGGGACGUCAUUCAGGUGCAGUACACGGCCGACGAAAAUGGAUUCCGUGUGCAGAGCGACAGCCUGCCGACACCACCGCCCGUCCCACCAGCAAUCCAGGAAGGGCUGAAGGAGAUCUACGAAGGGAUCAAGCGCCGGGAGCAGGAAGCCAAAAACAAUCCCAAGUACGCGGAGGAUGAAGCCAGGCGGGCCCAGCUAGACUACAACGGACAGUACUACAACCAGUAGACUCGAGCGUGACAGCCGUGUGGCUUCGUUCAAUGAAGAUCCAUGCGCGUGUCUGGCGUGUUGCGUUAGAGUGUAACUUUUUACCCGGGACGACGUUCGAUCAAGCGUUCCGCCCCGGCACUCGUAGAUUUCCUGUGCAAAAACGUAUAUUUAUAGUAUUUUUUCGCCAGGGCAGCACUUUGUGCUCUGGCUGGCUGCGUUGCAAGCAUUCGCGAUAUUCAUGACCAAACUUCUUCACUUUGUCGAACCGAAGAAUAUCACGUUCAGGACAACCGAAGCAACCAACGAUUAGACUGUGAUUAACGACAUGCUUCCGGCAGGAAAUAGUUACUGUGGAGCUGUUAUUGUGAGGUUUGUUUUAAUAAAAUUGUAGCAAAAGUGUACUUUGGCUUGUUUUUAUUGAAACAGCGAUGUCCCAGACGGGCAAUCAGAUGGUUAUUGUGUUCAAAUUACAGGUAAAAACUUAAGGGGACAGUUUAUCUUUAAAUGAAAUGACUCUGCCUCCUCUUCU